UGUUGUAAACUGAUGGAAAGUGGAAUGAAAACCCACAAUUUAAGGGUACCCCUUAUUUCAUAACAUUCUUUCUGACCAGUGCAAACCUUUGUGAGGGGCCCCCUGUCAGUGAAUUCAUAAAACCCAUUUAUUGUUUCUGCUUAACCUAGUUAAUUGUUAGCUAACCACAUAUCUUGUAUUAUCUUACAGCUGUAUAUUAUUGCCAUAUGGACAUUAUUUUGACACUCACCUCUGACUGAUGAAUGAAUACUUGCUGAUUAUAACAUGAAGCAGGCAUUUGCCGUAAAGCUGUAUUGAUUCAAUGUGUGUUGUGAGAUGCACAAAAAAUAAACUUUAAUGAAUCAAAUUAAAUAUAAAUACAUAAUAUUAACACAGGAAAAGUUAAAAGAAAUACCAUUUACCAAACCUAAACAAACUAAAACAUAGGGGCGGCAGUGGCCUAGUGGUUCAUGUAGGUUGUCUACAAACCGGAAGGUUGGUGGUUCAAUCCCCGGCUCCACUGGACCAAGUGUCGAGGUGUCCUUGAGCAAGACACCUAACCCCAGCUGCUCCCGACGAGCUGGCUGGAGCCUUGCAUGGCUGACACCGCUGUCGGUGUAUGAAUGUGAGGCUAAUUGUAAAGCGUGUUGGAUGGCCAUAGGUCUGUUAAAAGUGCUAUAUAAAUGCAGUCCAUUUACCAUUUUACCAUUUUAAAAGACAAGCAAACACAUUAAAGUGCAUAAAUAUGGUUUACAAUCUUUAAUUUCUAAAGAUAGCGCGCGCUCAUCCAAACACUAGCAGGUGCCAAAAUCCAAAAAUAAAGUAUACAACAAAACAUUCUGGUCUACAGGGAUAGAAAUACAUUGGUCUCCAAACUGUAUAGGAAAAGCACAGAUAGGAAUUCGAUCCUACAUAGUAAAUAUUUUCAUCCUACAGCUCUGAAGAGGGGCCUUCCAAUUUCACAGUUUAGUAGUAAUCGUAGCAAAGAUCAGGAUUUUCAAGUUCAAGCUACAGAUCUGGAAAACGUCUCAAGCAGAUACAAUUUAAACCAGAAAGGAUUGAACAUGCACGUAGGCAUUAUGAACAGGUCAAUCAGGAUGAAUGUCUUCAACGUACAAAAGUUCAGAACUCGACAUCUAAGGUGAACUGUAUUGUGCAGUAUUCCCCUAUUGGUAAGCAGAUUUCAGACAUUAUUAACAAACAUUGGCAUAUUAUACAAUCUGACCCUGGAUUAAAAGUCUUUACAUCAUCUCCCAGGGUAGUCUUCAAGAGACCUCCCAAUAUGCGUAAUACCUUAGUUCGAGCCCAUCUUCCCCCUUUGACCCCACCCCACUUCUUACAGGAGGUCCUUCUGGGCAAUUAUAGAUGUGGGCGGUGCACACAGUGCAAUUUUACCUAUAAGACAAAAACGUUUAACCAUCCACGCACAAGGAAGUCUUUUGACAUCAAAGGCACUAUCACAUGUUAUACAUCUAAUGUGAUUUAUAUGCUGAAAUGCCCCUGUGGCCAUGAGUACAUAGGAAAGACCACAAGACCAUUAAAAUGUCCACCUCCACUCCAUUUAUUAUCCUAAAUUAGAAACACCUGUUUGAGGUCGUUAGCUGCAUAAAGACACCUGUCCACCCCAUACAAUCAGUAAGAAUCCAACUACUAACAUGGCCAAGACCAAAGAGCUGUCCAAAGACACUAGAUACAAAAUUUUACACCUCCACAAGGCUGGAAAGGGCUACGGGGAAAUUGUCAAGCAGCUUGGUGAAAAAAGGUCGACUGUUGGAGCAAUCAUUAGAAAAUUAAAGAAGCUAAACAUGACUGUCAAUCUCCCUCAGACUGGGGCUCCAUGCAAGAUCUCACCUCGUGGGGUCUCAAUGAUCCUAAGAAAGGUGAGAAAUCAGCCCAGAACUUCACAGGAGGAGCUGGACAAUGAUCUGAAAAGAGCUGGGACCACCGUUUCCAAGGUAACUGUUGGUAAUACACUAAGACGUCAUGGUUUGAAAUCAUGCAUGGCACGGAAGGUUCCCCUGCUUAAACCAGCUAUGUCCAGGCCCGUCUUAAGUUUUCCAAUGACCAUUUGGAUGAUCCAGAGGAGUCAUGGGAGAAAGUCAUGUGGUCAGAUAAGACCAAAAUAGAAGUUUUUGGUCAUAAUUCCACUAAACGUGUUUGGAGGAAGAAGAAUGAUGAGUACCAUCCCAAGAACACCAUCCCUACCGUGAAGCAUGGGGUUGGUAGCAUCAUGCUUUGGGGGUGUUUUUCUGCACAUGGGACAGGGCGACUGCACAGUAUUAAGGAGAGGAUGACCGGGGCCAUGUAUUGGGAGAUUUUGGGGAACAACCUCCUUCCCUCAGUUAGAGCAUUGAAGAUGGGUCGAGGCUGGGUCUUCCAACAUGACAAUAACCCGAAGCACACAGCCAGGAUAACCAAGGAGUGACUCUGUAAGAAGCCUAUCAAGGUUCUGGCGUGGCCUAGCCAGUCUCCAGACCUAAACCCAAUAGAGAAUCUUUGGAGGGAGCUCAAACUCUGUGUUUCUCAGCGACAGGCCAGAAACCUGACUGAUCUAGAGAAGAUCUGUGUGGAGGAGUGGGCCAAAAUCCCUCCUGCAGUGUGUACAAACUUGGUGAAAAACUACAGGAAACGUUUGACCUCUGUAAUUGCAAACAAAGGCUACUGUACCAAAAAUUAACCUUGAUUUUUUUCAGGUGUUCAAAUACUUAUUUGCAGCUGUAUCAUACAAAUGAAUAGUUAAAAAAUCAUACAUUGUGAUUUCUGGAUUUUAUGUCUCUCACAGUGGACAUGCACCUACGAUGACAAUUUCAGACCCCUCCAUGCAAAAUAGCAGGCUGUUCAAAUACUUAUUUUCUUCACUGAAUGUGAGACAAUUGGUUUCAAGGCCAGAGGAACAGGAAAACAACUUUAAUCUCUAAGCCCGUUCUCUAUAGUCAACACUGAUAGCAUGAACCCAAACACUGGCUUCCAUUUUGUGGAGUGUAAUAUUGUAGAAGUUACAGAUUUUUGCUUCUUCUUUGACACAGACCCACAAGAGAGACGUCAGUUCAGCUCAGCUUGAUUUAAGUUUACUCUUUUACCUGAACUAGUCAGAUAACAAAGUUUGAGGAUGUGGACCUGGACCAGGUGUUUGUCUUUAUUAGCUAGUGCCCUGAUUUUAUGGACUGUGUUACCACUGGGACAAGCCUGUCAAGGAGAUGAAUUGCCAAGAGAUUUAGUGUUUGAAUGGCUAAAAUGGCAGAUCUUGGAACGUUUAGGAAUGGAUGAGCCUCCUCUGUCAUUGCACCAGAUGCAACCACGGAAGAUGAUGGACAGAACUAUGCAACGUGUACUUCCACAAAGAACUAAAGAAAUCAGAGUUGAAAGAAGACACCAUCAAGAGUCCUCAGAGUUCAUUCUAUUCCCAAGCUCUGAGUCAACAUGCAUAGAUAUGUCUGAUCCCUCGGACACUGCAACUGGUCAUUUCACUUACUACUUUCAGCCUUCUUUAGACAGCCAGGAAUCCAUCACCUCUGCCCACUUCUGGUUUUAUGCAGGUGAGGCCAUCGCUUCCAGCAACAUCUCUGCACCUGUCUUCAUCCUCACCUCUUACCAGGACCAACUCCAAGCAUCUGAAGCCCCAUUAAAAUGCAGCCCUGAUGGCUGGACCACCUAUAAAUUAUAUCGCCAUCUCCACAUGGUCAUGGCUGGUGGCCCUUUUAUGCUGCAGGUUCGCUGCCCAGCCUGCAGCUGCUAUGGUUCAGAGGAAGAUAAAACUCCCUUUCUGCAUCUUCACACCCAGCCAAGUGGGCCUGGUAGGUCUCGCAGAGCCCCUAAGAUCCCCUGGUCACCAGCUGCUAUCGAAAAGCUUAGGAGACCUGCUUCUGUGGACACUAACACAGAUUGCAGAAGAGAACAGAUAGAAAUUUCCUUCAAGGAUCUGGGAUGGGACAACUGGAUUGUUCAUCCUAAGGCUUUUACCUUUUACUAUUGCCAUGGAAACUGCUCCAGCUCUGAGCGCACUACCACACUUCUUGGGAUUAAGCAAUGCUGUGCCCCUGUUCCAGAGAGCAUAAAGUCACUCCGUUUCACUACAACCUCAGAUGGAGGUUACUCUUUCAAAUAUGAGACAUUGCCUAACAUCAUACCAGAGGAAUGCAACUGCAUGUAAUAUUUUGCUUAUGCUUGCUUUUAAGACUAGCUAUUGGUGUGAGGUUAAACACAAGGCGCCUGUUUUAGAUUAUCAAAGCACGCAAUGUAUAGAUGAGAAUAGUAAUAGAUAAUGCCUAUUCACAGUCGUAGCUAAUGAUCAGUUUUGCUACUUAAUACUUGCUACUAAAUUAUAUAUUUCCAAAUAUUAACCUUUAUUAAUAUUUAAACUUUGUAAUACACCAAAAUAAUAAUAAUAAUUGUUGUUUAUUUAUCAUAUGUCCAAUUAGAGCUUUAAAUAAUUUUUACUAAUUAUUUUGUUAUGCAAUGAUAAUUUUUUUUAAAUUUGUACAAAAUAAACCACCAUUUACAGAAAAUUGUUCAAACAUUACACAUGAAUGUAAUGAAAUGUAUCAUGAAAUGUUAUUUAA